UCAGUUCCCCCGGAAUACGACUUAUCGGUCAUAAACUCGACAAACAUUGCACUCAUAUAUGCGGCCAACGAUUGGCUGAACGAUAUUCGAGACAUUAAUUUGCUUAAGAAAACACUCAAAGUGAAACUAUUGGACGACUAUUUAGUACCGGACACCACGUGGAACCACAUGGAGCUGAUGUGGGCCCAGGAUGUCGGCAAAUACGUCAACACAAAAAUACUGAAGAUUUUGCGCAAAUGUCAUUAA